AUGGAUGACCUUAAAGUGGAUGAGGCCCUGGCCGGCAUCGUACAGCCUGCUGGAUUUUGGCAAUUUUUUGCCGUAAUCCUUACCGCACUCUCAAUUCCCGGCGCAGCCAUCAUAUCUGUCUUUAACAAUUCCUUUCCCAAACACCGCUGUCGACUAGAGCCGCAGGUAGAGGCCUGGCUGCUCAAAACUACGAUUACGCCCACCGAUGUCACAGGCUGGAAUAUACGCAGCAUCGCAGAAUUGUUUGGACCAAAGUUGUCCCACUCGAAUUCUGUUAGCGCCUGUGAGGUAUACACUGUUGAUCGACUGCAAAAUUCAACCAUUGAAAGGCUGCUUCAGUACCAGAACCAGACUCUGGCACUGGAGCGAGAGAAGUGUCCCUUUGGUUUUGUCUACGAAUAUGACUGGUACCAAUUUCCCGGUGGUCUUGUGGAGGAAUGGGACCUCGUCUGCGACCGCGCCUGGGAGGUACCUUUCAAUGAGAGCAUUUACAUGUUGGGCAUGUUGAUUGGUUUCCUAGUCGGUGGCUGGUUCGGAGACCGAUUCGGUCGAAGACGUGUCAUCCUGGCCUCGGGUGUGGCGGAGUUCGUCAUCGAAUUAAUGAUCUGCUUCUGUGUCAACCACACACAGUACAUCAUUCUGCGUAUUCUCGUCGCCAUUUGUGUCACAACACGUUUCUCUGCUCUUACAGUUCUGAUAACUGAGAUAACGACCGCCAAAUAUCGAUCGCUACUCUCUGCAGUCUGUGGCAUUGUCAAUGUGAGCCUUCAACGUGUUUUUCUGGCGAUUGUAGCCCUGUGCAUCACGAAUUGGCGAUGGUUAAAUGCAUCACUGGUGGUGAUGAAUAGUCUUAUCUUCAUCCUGUUCUUUGUUCUGCCAGAGUCUCCAAAAUGGCUUAUUGCCCGUGCUCGAUACAAUGAUGCCGGAGGCGUCCUGUAUCAGGGCUAUCGAAUAAACACACGCGUCAAGAAUAUGCUUUCCACUGCGUCCAAUCGGAGUCCCUUGCUUAGUCAGAAGGAAUUCUUCUCGCUGAUUGGCGUUCCUGACUCACCCGUCAAGGACAAGUCGGCUGAGGCGGAGGAGGAGCAGGAGGAUGAUGCCAGGUGUAGGCCCUCCGCCAAGCGGAAGAGAAGGUUCACUGUUUUUCAGCUAUUUAAUCGCACAAUGGCGGCUACGACUAUACUGUGUACGAUCCUCAUUGCUGGACACAUUACCUGUGUGUUCGGAUUGGCCUUCUAUUCGGCAAGCAUUCGUCUCUACACCUCCUAUGUGCUCAUUAUUAACGCCCUCUCGUCCAUACCGGGAUCCCUGCUCUUCGCCGGUCUUUAUCGUUACUUUCGCUUUCGCAAGAGACCACUGUUGGUCAUUUACCUCGUUACAGCAACUUUUCUCUGGAUUGCUUCCCUCUACACACUCAUUCUGCAACCCCAAAACGACAUUGCACUUAACGUCCUAAUUGCUGUUGUUACGAUGUUGUUGGCCACCGCGUCGCGAAUGGUGUUUGUCUAUGUUCCUGAGCUGUAUAAUCCUAUCUACAGGAACCGUGGACUGGGGGUGUGUGCCGGUCUGGCUAGACUUGGUGUUUUCUGGUUCCCCCUAAUAAACCGCCUCGAUUCCAGCGUCAGACACGGCUUUCCACUGACCAUUUACGCUGGCAUUAUUACUAUCCAGAUGGUUGUCCUCUGUUUCCUCAGGGACACCAACGGGGAGGCGUCUACGACAGAGAAGACACCGAACGGUGGAACCGGGUUCAGUCAGCCAAAUGGGCCGUCGGGCUCCUCCAAGGAGAGUGAGCCGCUUGCAGCUGCUACGUAG